UGAUAAGAAUUCCACAUGCCCGUUCUCUCAGCGCCUCUUUAUGAUCCUGUGGCUCAAAGGUGUCAUAUUUAAUGUCACAACCGUGGAUUUGAAAAGAAAACCUGCGGACCUGCAGAACCUGGCCCUGGGCACCAACCCCCCAUUCGUGACUUUUGACGGGGAAGUGAAAACCGACAUCAACAAGAUCGAGGAAUUCUUGGAGGAAAAGCUGGCGCCACCCCGGUAUCCCAAACUUGCACCGACGCACCCCGAGUCGAACUCUGCAGGAAAUGAUGUCUUUGCAAAAUUCUCUGCAUUCAUAAAGAACCUGAGAAAAGAUGCAAAUGAAAAUUUGGAAAAGUCUUCGCUUAAAGCCCUGAAGAAGCUGGACAACUUUAAUAGCCCCUUGCCUGAUGAAAUCGAUGCUUACAGCACGGAGGAGGUCACUGUUUCCAGUUGGAAAUUCCUGGACGGAGAUGAGCUCACUUUAGUGGAUUGCAGCCUCCUACCAAAGCUCCACAUAAUCAAGGUUGUUGCAAAGAAAUACCGAAAUUUUCAUUUUCCACCUGAAAUGACAGGGAUUUCGAGAUACUUGAAAAAUGUAUACGCAAGAGAUGAAUUUACAAACACAUGCUCUGCUGACCAGGAGAUUGAAUAUUCAUAUUUGGAUGUGGCAAAGAGAAUGAAGUAACCAGAAGAUGCCUCUGUUUAUUGCUUCUGUGAUGGACAACAGCCAAGCUGGAAAAGCAAAAACCAGCAGAAAUUCUGCAGUGUGAUUUUAAGUUCUGCUAUUGGCCAAUCCUUUUAUAAUGAUUGUAUUGCAUUAUUUACUCCUUCUUAA